AUGUCCUUUCGACUUCCUAGUGGAUCCAGGCGGGUCUGCUCUCAAGCUGGCCCUGGCCGGCUGGCUGGUGGAGGGACAGGCUUCGGGGCUGGGGAUGUGUGCGGUGGGUCUGGAGCAGGAAGCAGCUUUUCUUGUUCUCUUGGGAGCGUUUCUUCUGGAGGAGGUUUCUACAGCGGUGCCGGAGGGCUGGCGAGUGGUGUCUGUGCUGUGUUUCUUGGUAAUGAGCAUGGCCUCCUCUCCGGAAAUGAGAAGGUGACCAUGCAGAACCUCAACGACCGCCUGGCGUCCUACCUGGACCACGUGCGAGCUCUGGAGGAAGCCAACGCAGACCUGGAGCAGAAGAUCAAGUCCUGGUAUGAGAGAUAUGGGCCUGGUUCUUGCCGGGGACUGGAUCAUGACUACAGUAGGUAUUCCUCAGUCAUUGAAGAUCUGAAAAGCCAGAUCAUUUCUGUGACCACCUGCAAUGCCAGCAUUGUCCUACAAAAUGACAAUGCCAAACUGACCGCUGAUGACUUCAGAUUGAAGUAUGAAAACGAGCGUGCACUGCACCAGAGCGUGGAGGCCGACAUCAACAGUCUGCACAGGGUGAUGGACGAGCUGACCCUGUGCACCGCCGACCUGGAGAUCCAGAGCGAAGCCCUGACUGAGGAGCUGGCCUACCUGAAGAAGAACCAUGAGGAGGAAAUGGAGGUCCUGCAGUGCUCGGCCGGGGGCAACGUGAACGUGGAGAUGAACGCGGCCCCAGGCGUGGACCUGACUGUCCUGCUGAACAACAUGCGGGCCGAGUAUGAGGACCUGGCCGAGCAGAACCGCAAAGAGGCCGAAGCCUGGUUUCACGAGAAGAGCGCUUCGCUGCAACAGCAGAUCUCUGACGAUGUGGGAGCAGCCACCGUGGCCAGGAACGAGCUGAUGGAACUGAAGCGCAACCUGCAGACCCUGGAAAUAGAACUCCAGUCCCUCGUGGCCACGAAACAUUCCUACGAAUGCUCCCUGGCGGAGACCGAGGGCUAUUACUGCCUUCAGCUCCAGCAGAUCCAGGACCAGAUCGGGGCAAUGGAGGAGCAGCUGCAGCAGAUCCGCACGGAAACCGAAGGCCAGAAGCUGGACUACGAGCAGCUUCUAGAUAUCAAAAUAUUUUUAGAAAAAGAGAUUGAAACGUACUGCAUAUUAAUAGAUGGAGACGGAAGAAAAAGCAAGUCCACAUGUUACAAAUCAAAGGGGUGUGAGCCUGUAAAUUCCGAAAAUCAAGUUAAAGACUCGAAAGAAGAAACUGUUAUUAAAACAAUGGUUGAGGAACUAGAUCAACUCAGCAGUGUCCUUUCACUGAGGGUCCACUCAGUUGAAGAAAAAUCCUCUAAAAUAAGCAAUAUUACAAUGGAGCAACGAGUACCUUCUAAGACACCAUAA